UUUUUCAAAUUAACCGUUAAUUAAACUCGAGGUAUUAAAUUUUAUUCAAUUUACACCUGUGCAGUCGGCUUGGGGUCGCGCUAUGCUGACACAUACCUUAGAUUUGUAUGCAACAUGAUUUAUGGUAUCGCGCAAAAUCCUAAUUGGCGACAAAAUGUCAUUAACGCGUAAAUCACUCUACAACGCAAGCUUAUCUUCUGCAAUUAGAAAUAUAAUUCCCCUGCAAUCGGAAGUGAUUGACUGUAACGAUCAGUUUUACAAAUCGAAUGAUAUCGUAGCCGUAAUAGUGUACAAAAUGUGUGCACGAAAACUAUGUAGGAAAAUCUUUUGAAUCCCGACAAAACAACGCCACUAGAUUUUCAGUCGCCUGUAAAGUUCAUAGAAAACCUGGAGAGAAAAAAAGAUUAAAAAACUUGGCUCGAUCUAAACGUGGGUAAUCUGCGGUAGACACGAUGUAUGUACAACGUUUGUCCGACAAACGUUUGGAACACGUGUGGACCACCCUUUGCGUUCAUUGUUAAAAGCCGCUAAUUUCACGUAGUAGUUAGCUUGACAAUUAAGGGUAUCUUGAGUUACAACAGGUUUCAAGCCAUACCUAUACAUUACACUGCAUAAAGUAUACAUAUGUGUAAUUACAUACCUGUGACUGUGUCGAGCAGGUUUGCUAUUCGCGGCAUUGAAUUGUGGGAAACGUUGAUAACUUUUAUAUGAAAUAUAUACACAUGUAUACGUAUAUGUAUAUUACAUGCCUAUGUAUAAUGCUGCGGUUAAAAUGCCUGCCUAGAUAGGUAGAAUCACAAAUCCGUGUGCACGCAGUAUAUAUGAAAGGUGCAUAGGUAUGGCUAAGUAGAGAGAGAAAUAUGCAGACAUACGUAGGUGUUACAAUAAGUUAACAGCGUUGCCUCGCUUACUACGGAUGUGGAAAACCAUCAGGAAUAUACUGUAAAAACAAUUUUGGCAAGUUCCCAAAUUUCAAUACACAGAGCGGAGAUUUUCACGGUACUUCACAUCGGGGGCAUCGCGGCAGAGUAUCGUUGUGCAGUUAGACGUUUGUCACUGACCACAUAUGUAUUUGUGCGUUAUCUUAUUUCUUUCAUUUUCCCCUUUUCAUUUCAGACUUAUCUCGUCACUUUUAGCUCUUUCACGGAUCUCCUAUCCGUGUACCCAGCAUGAUGCCCGCGGUAGUUUUGUUGUAUACGCGGAAUAUACGUUUUACCAUAACGUUCUUUGUGCAAACUUUGACUUAUUUUUGUUCUAAAUUCAAUUCACUUCAUAUAUCAUGCCCUAGACUGCACUGCGUACGAGCGCGAUUUCAGUUCCUAGAAAUGAAAUGAAAGAAACAACGCAGCGGAACGAAAUCGCGCGUCGAGAAAGAUGUUCAUUUUUUAAAUGGCGGAGAUCAUGAUGACAAAUACAUUGCCAGAACUCAAUAAAUGACGGCGAGAUAUGAAUGUCCAGAUCACGAAAUAGGAGUACGAGACGUACGGAAACGUUACCAAGAUACAGCAUUAGUAAUUUUCCGAGAACAACUGAAUCGACCUGAACGGCAAGGCAACUACGUAAGCUUUGGCCCGAGCCGAAAGACAAUGGAAUACAGCAACAAUGGUAAUGACGUUGUCGUAGUGAAAAAAAUUGUAAAACCACCGCCGACAAGGGCUAGACAGACGUCUUUGAAACCGAGCGAAAAAUGCUCCAUAAUUUAAGACAAUUGAGCAAAUUACAAUUGCCUAGCCAGGUUUAUG